GGCAAAUCGUUCCAGCUUAAUAAGACUUUAGCAGCAGGCAAUAUCACUGGGGUACUCCUGGACCUUUCUGAGAGAUCGAUUCUCAGCCGUGCCUGUCUAGAUGGAGAUGCCAAGAACCCGAACGCUGGCAAGUCUGAAAAAGUUGCGUUUGACGAGAUUAUGCUCGCUCACGAGCCACCAAUCAAGAAUUGGCGUCGUCAUCAUGCGGUUUUUGUCUGGAAACAUCUCCGGAAGAUGGCAAAGCGAUGGCCUUCAUGCAAUGCCGUCAUACUCGAUUCGUGCCACUUGUUGGAAUCAUAUCGAAGGUGGCUCCGGCAGUCUGUGGUCCCAAUGAGUGUCACCAUACAGUACACUGUGGUGCUUCCAGACUCGGUGAGAACACUUCACGAGCGAGCAGGGGCUGCCUCGCGUCUACGUCGAAUGAUCACGGCUACAAGUGACUCGAGUUUGUCACUUCCAGUGGAAUCAAAAGGUGUCAAAGUCAUACAUGCUACUAUUGGUGGCCGGGAAGUGUCGCAGAGAGUGUUUGAUGACUGGAUUAAAGCUAUGCAUGAGGAGCCUGAGACGAAACGUUCACGACUACGAGACUCUGAUGAUAUCGUUGAGGAUCCUGCUGACUUGUCGAUGCUCAGUGGCCAAUGUGCGAGCUUGGAGAUCGAUGUGCCAUGCUACGAUGAAUGUUGGCCGAGGGCAGCACCACCCGUUGAUGAUCCCAAGUCGGUCGAGAGUACUGUGAUGGUGGCGGAGACAGCUGGUGCCGACACGAUUUAUGGAAUGCUUGAUGAACUUGACGAUAUAUAA